AUGUCCGGAGAAAUUCCAGCGAAAUUCAAGCCUGUCUUCGACGCCAAAACGGGCGAGGAACGGAUCAAGGCCUGGCUCACCCUCGACAAGGACGAUGCAGGCAACUUCGAGUCCGGCAGCUGGAUGAGCGCCCUGAGCCCCUCCAUAUCCCUCAUCUCGGCGUCCCUGACGCCGACCCCGUCCGCCACCUUCGCCUUCACCGUCCGCCCGGAGCACUGCAACCGCGCCGGCAACCUGCACGGCGGCGCCGCCGCCACCCUCUUCGACUCCCUGACCACGAUGCCCCUGGCCCUCAUCAACGACCGGCCGGGCUACUGGCAGUUCCUCGGCGUCUCCCGCACCCUCAGCUGCAGCUACCUCCGCCCGGCCCCCGCCGGCGAGGAGUGCAUCGUCGAGUGCGAGAUCGUGCAGGUCGGCAGGCUGAUGUGCCAUCUGAGGGGGACGCUCCGCCGGAAGCGCGACGGCUCCGUGCUCGCCACGUGCGAGCACCACAAGUUCAACACCGAUCCGCCGGCGAGCAAGCUCUGA